AUGGCGGACGGAGAUGCAGACUACUCUCCGAAAUUGGCAGAGAACCUUUUAGAAAUUUUUCAGUCGGACCGAUUCGUUACUGAGUGCUUUAAGGAAAGAAACCUUAAAAUUUCUCAAGCGUUGUGUCUGCUAUGGCAUGACCAAUCGACUGGCGACGUUCCUGGAAGGAAGGCAAGUGCGCCUCAUUUUGGAAAUAUUUCGGCAGCUGUUAUCAUCGACUUGUACGUUCUUGGCAAAGUCAGUUUUGAAGACGCACAGGCGUCCUGUCUGGGUGUGAAGUAUAAGGAGAUGGUACUUCAGGUGAGGGAAAAUAGAAUUAUAUUUUUAUUGUGUGAUUUAGAAUAUCAAAUGAAAAGAAAGGAUUGAUUAAGGCUAGUUCAAAUAUCGAUUACAACUACGUUGUAAAGUACACUAAAUUAUUCGGAAAAUUCCAAUGAUACGCUCCUUCCCCUCCCCCCUCUUCAUCAUUGUCGUGUAGAAGAUUUGGGGGGGGGUGCUGAAAGUGUUGUUCCAUAGGUGAUGGGCAGGUCUGAAAAAAAUUACCGAUCAGGUCUCAGAAAAACUUUUCACUGAGGUGGGCAACUUUUUUCUGAGGGGAGGGGGGGAAGGGGGUUUACAAGCAUUACAUAAGCACUUGUAUCCUCUCUCUGAUUAAGAACUUGUGUGAAUAGUGUCAUCGAUGGGGCUGGGGGGGAGGAGUGGGAGGGGGUUGUUACUACCCUAGAGUUUUAUAAUUCAUUGAUUUUAAAAUUAUAUUUUUAUAUUUCUGUUUCUCCAAAGGUGAAAGAUUUCACACCAACAAACUCUUACUUAGACAACUGUAUGUUCAACCAGAUGUUGGAACGCACUCGUAAACAUCCUGACAAGCCACGCAGUGUGUCUAAAUGGAUACUGAAAGGUUCAAAUUACCACAAGCCAAGCUGUGUGUCGGCUACAUUUGACAGCCUCGUGGAUCUUGGGUUAAUGAAGAAAGAGCCCAGGUUACUUGGAACUUCUGUUAGGUAUCCAGUCAUAAAUGCAGGUACAAACAUGUAUUUUUAUUUCCCUUAUCCCUUUAACUCCCAAGAUCUAAUAAGUAAUUCUCCUUACUGUCUGCCCUAUAGUUCUUGUGAUGUUAAUUUGGAGAAUUUGGUAUUGGAUCAACUAAUAAUCCCCUAAUUAAUAUUUUUCUUUAUUCACAUCACUUGUCUGCUUGAUAUUGUAUUGAUAUUGUAAGGAGAAAUUCUGUCUUGGUCACUCAUGGGAGUUAAAGGGUUACAUAAUGCCAGUAUCAACUCUCCUCAUUUCCUUUCCUACAUUUCUUACAAUGUGGCAGACACAGUGGCCUACUGAUCAGUGCAUUGGACUCCGGGUCAAGAGGCCUGGGUUCAAGACCUGGCUGGAUCAAUGCAUUGUAUUAUUGGGAAAGACACUUUCCUCUCACAGCACCUCUCUCUACCCAGGAGUCUAAAUGAGUUCUGGCAAAAUGUCAUAGAAGCCUGAUAAAAUCCUGGGGGGUAACCUUGCAUUGAACUAGCUUCCCAUCUGGGGGGAAGUAGUAAUACUCCUCGUUGCUUCAUGCUACAUGGAAACUGAGAUAAACUCUGACUGAGUAGGCCAAUAGGCUUGGUUACAGACUUCACCUUUACAUUUCUUACAAUGUUUGUGAGGAGAGCUUCAUGUUUUGUCUUAUUCCUUGGUUAUGUUUUUCUUUCUUCUCAUUGUGUGUGUGCUUCACGAUGGAUUUGAUGGCAUAAAGAGAAAAUACUUACCUGUCAAUUGUGGCAGAGAGAGCAUUAGCCAUUAUCAUCUGAUGUAAAGUGGUGGACUUAGACUGAUCUUCUUUGACUUGUAAAGAGGAGGCUCAAAUAAGAUGGUUGCCAUUGGUGGGAUUUGGUGACAACUUCCCUAACACAAUUUUGAAUUCUAACCCUUGAGAUAUGGGACUUAGGAUACUCUGAAGCGAAGUCAGCAUGUUUUAACAGCUCACCUUUUAUUAUCAAAAUAUUACUCUUUGUAUCAAGAUAAAUUAUUUCCAGACUGAGCUGAAAUGAUCAUCAGUUGUGUGUUCUUUCAAUUCAAAAUAUGGUCAGCUCAACUCACAAGAUUUACAAUUACCUCAUUUAUUAAUUUAAAUUUUGCAUUUUUUUCUGAUGUCAGUAAACCCUCUGCAAGGGUGUGACUGAACCCCCAAAUCUACCAGUACUUCUUCCAAAAUGACUUCAAAGUGGAAUACUUUUUGAUUUUUUGAUUUUCCAGUGCCACAGAAUGAACUUGUUAAGGAAAUACAGAUGAUCGCACUAGCAGGACAUGCAGUAGAUGGCUUCACCUGGACUCUUUUAAAGCUGGCCCGCUUUUCGGACUCACUGUAUCUUGGAGGGGCGCCAAUGCUUAAACAUCUCUUCCACAAGAAAGAGUAUGAGCAAGCAAAGAAAAACAUUGAAAAAUUGGUUGAGACUAAAAAGGAGAAUGCAAAGAAAAGAGGUUGGAAAAAAGACAAGGAUUUAGAAUUCUACAACUUGUGUGAAAUUGAACAAUAAUUUUUGAAGAAAUAUUGAGACUCAGGGGUUUGUAUGGAGUCUGAGAUUCUCAAGGGAAUAUGGAAAUCUAAAUAUUUUCAGUGACUUGCAAAAGAUGUCAAAAUGGAGACUUGGCCUGCUUGAAAAAGGAAAAACUGAGAGAUUUUUCAUUUGGAUAAUUGAUGAGAUUGAUAUUUGUCAGCUAAUAAACUUUAUAUGAAGCAUCUCAAUAUCAGUUUUCACAAAAAAAUACAACAAUCUGGUCUUGCCAUUCAUUUGGCUGAACAAAUGCAAAUAAGAUGAUUUGAGCAGAAUAGAAGACUGCCUUUAGGUCAAUUAAUUCCAAGUUAUGCAUUUCAGCCCAUCAUAACUGCUCUUUUCACACUGUAAUUAAUGAUAGUGAUGACAAUCCUGAUUGCCAAAAAUAAGAUCACAAUUUACCCUUUUACUCCCAGUUCAAAUUUUUAAUUCUCCUUACUGUCAACCAUACAAUUCUUAUAAUGUUCUGAGAAUUUAGUACUUGAUCAGCUAAUUAUCCCUAAAUUGAUAUUUUUCUUUAUUCUCAUCACUUAUCUGGUUGAUAUUGUAUUGAUACUGUAAGGAGAAAUUCUGUCUUGGUCACUCAUGGGAGUUUAAGGGUUAACUCUAAGGGUGGCCAGAAUCUCAUUUCUCCUCACAGUUUUACUACAGAAUUAUUUAUUAAGACCAUGAGAGUGAAGGAAAUGAUUGUUAACCUAAGAAGCUUUGAUCUUUGAAUGAAUUUUCUUUGUCAGUACCAAAGGAAAUGUGCAGAGAAGAGAAAGGAAAAUAUGGAUACUGAUGUUGGGGAAAAUGUAAAGAUGUUGGUAUAAAGGUCUUGUUAUUCUUCCCAUUCCAGACUCUCGUACCGUGCUUUAAAUUUUGUACCAUACUUCACCGUCAAUUAGUAUGAAAGGAAAUUACCCAUGAUUUGAUUGUUGAUCUGCCCUCCAGCUGUUAUACAAUUCCUUGUUAAUAAAUUACAAGAAUCUGGUGUUAGAUCACGAUAACAACUCCUACCUGGUAAAUUUGAGUAUUCUCAUUACCUGUCUGCUGGGUAAAGUGUAGAUGUUGUAGGGAGGAGUGAUAUGUUAGCCACUCUCAUGAGUUAAACGGUUAACAAACAUUGACCGCAACUUUCCGAGAGUCAAACAAGUCUGUAAUAGAGCAAAAAUUGAGUUUGGUACGGCUCUUACGUCGGUCAAACGGAAGCCACUUACAAGAUCUUUAAAUUGAGAUAAUGCUGCGUUAGCAUGAAUAACCAUUUUCCCAGCACUUAUCAGAGGUUCAGGGAAGGUGCGCAGGCUCGCAGAGGGUAGUGGGACUAAAGUCGGUGAUUUACGGCCGUCAAGAAGGUGAGACACUGUUACUGUCACACGUGUGACUGUCUCGCUUCGCUCUCUUUUAAUAAACAAUAGAUUUGUGAUUUUCCGAUGAUAAGCUUCUUCCUGACAAGUUCUCCCGUGUUAUUGACUUAGUUUUUUUUUUUUGCUUGUCUUCAUUUUUCGAUUUCAUUCCUAUACCUUGAAGAGUCAAAAUUAAAUCUAUUAUUUUACACUUAAAACCAGAGUGACUGUAGGUAAUGAUCAACGCAUCCCAUGUUAACGCCAUCAGACGUUUUGUUAUUGAUGUCACGCAAGCGUUGAAAUCAGGAUACGCAAAAUUUUCUGCGAGUUGCACUGCUGUUUCGGCCCGAGAACCACGUUUUUUUCUUUUCCUAGCUAGGUUAGGCAGGUUUUCGUUUUCUU